AUUAGCGAAAACGAAAGCAAAAUGUAUAAAGAAGAACAACUCAUACCUAAUCCACAAAAUUAGGAGCAAACAAGAAAUGAAACAGCAAUCUUCAAACAGAAAUCAAUCAAAUUCAUGUAAAAAAAGAAAAAUCAAUUCCAAUCCAACCAGCCACUUUCCCCCUAAAUUCCCACCUAAAACCAAGGAAUCUCCAUCCCAUCUCCACCACCAAUCCCAUCAAUUAUGUUAACCCUUAAGCAAACUUCGUUAAUGGCCGCCACUUUCCAUUCCCACAACCCUUUCUUCUUCUUCUCCUCCUCCUCCCCCCACAAAAACCUCCCAAAUUGGCUGCGCUCCAUUUCCACCGGCCGCCGCAAUUCCCUUGCCGGACCUCCCCAACCGCUGCCGCCGCCGCCGGUACGCGGAGAUAGAGAUUCAGUGAUUUAUGGAGGUGGAGGAGUUGGGUGGUGGACGUUAGCACCACGCGCUCGACUCGUGCACGAUAAGAUUAAAGGAGGCCCUCCUAAAAUUUUAGGGUUUCGUAGCGGAUAUAAAUGUUUAUCGAUGGGGUCUAAAAGGUCUAAUUCCAAUUCCAACGAAAAACGAGGAGGGGUUUUCGGGUCAGGAUCAGGUUCUGAUUCUGCUUCUCCUCCAUCUGCCAGCUCUGAAUUUGUGGCUGAUAUGGGUUCGGAAAGCAAGGAUCAUAACAAUGUCUGGUUCCAAGACGACUUCCAUAGCCAGACUUCAUCGCCAUUAAUGCACCAACAUGAACCACAACGUUCCAAAUUGCUCACAUUGCCCACUAUUUUGACGCUUGCCCGAGUGGCCGCUGUUCCGAUAUUCGUUUGCACUUUCUAUGUUGAUAACUGGUGGGGAACGACUGCGACAACUAGUAUAUUCAUUGCUGCGGCAGUUACAGACUGGCUUGAUGGUUAUAUUGCUCGGAAGAUGAGGUUAGGUUCUGCUUUUGGUGCGUUUCUUGAUCCAGUAGCUGAUAAGCUUAUGGUUGCUGCCACACUGAUCUUACUAUGUACACAACCCCUGGAGGUUUCUGUGUUUGGUCAUAUUCCUUGGCUUCUGACUCUACCUUCAAUAGCAAUUAUUGGCAGGGAGAUAACCAUGUCUGCAGUUAGAGAAUGGGCUGCUUCCCAGAAUAGUAAGCUUCUAGAGGCUGUGGCUGUAAAUAACUUGGGGAAGUGGAAAACGGCGACACAGAUGAUUGCGCUGACCACCCUUCUGGCUAGCCGAGACAGCAGUCUUGGAGGAUCUGGAAUUGUAGUAGCAACUGGUGUGGUCUUGUUGUACAUAUCAGCUUGGCUUGCUGUGUGGUCACUAUUUAUUUAUUCCCGCAAAAUAUCGAAAGUUUUGCUUCGCUAGCACGACCCGACCCGACCCGACCUUUCGAUUAUCUUCAUUUUUGUUGGACCACAAAUGCAACAGUUAGGUUUAUCUAUCUCAUUGCCAAAAUUGACUGAUUGCUUGAUCUGUUUGUGGUAAUGCCCAAAAUUUAGAGAUUGUUGAAGCCAUUUCCCCAAGGGACUUUCAAUCUGUGGAGGGUUUCUCUAAGAAGACAGCAGCCGUAGUUAGUGACCUGCAGAAACUGGAAAUUUGGAAUGAGGUCUGGAUGUAACUACUAUAAUUUUACUACCUACCUAAAAAAAGAGUAAUUAUAAAGUGACACUUUAUCUCAUGCUCAUUGAUAUUCAAAUUCAAUCUCGAGACUUCUCGUCAAUGCUGAGAUAGACCUGACAUUUCAGGGGUGCUGAGUUUUUUCAAGUUUUGUAGAUAUAUAUAAAUAUAUAUUUUUUUGUUUUGUCUUUACAUGUUUAGAUUAAAUUUAUUUGAACUACUUUGAUGUAGUAGAACAUAUAUUGAAAUCGUCGAUUGAAGUGAGAUUCAAUUUGUUUUUAUUUGUUUGGAAAA